AUGAACAAUCGACGGUACUCCCUUCCAAAGGAUCUUACUGUUGACAAUCCAUUCAGCAAACGUGAAGUGUGGAUAUUUGUGACUGUCUACUCAUGCUGUGUUGUGUUUCUCGUCUGCAUGUACGAAUAUCUAAUGCCAGUCUUCAACAACCCCACUUAUCCGUAUUAUAAUUACGUGCCAAACUACUCCUUUAAACCACCAUCGAAGACCCAGUAG